AUGUGUGUGGACAUGCUUCGUUUCGUAAGCCCAUUGUAUACGGCUAAAACUGUUUUUGUGGUAAUCGCAAAACAAAACCCGAAUAGGCUACUUCCGCUUUUGCAAUGGAGAUAUGACGAAACUGUUCUCCUUGUCUCUCACACGGCACAAGAUGAUGAUCUUUUUAACUCUGCAGACUCAGUAUUUAAGCAUACACAAUUUCUAGGUGGAGGAAAGAGUAGGCCACCAAGUUCUACUUCUAGUAAGACCCCUCUCGAAAUUGUUUGUCAUGCUAAAAUAAUAGCAGUUAAUGNUAUCAUAUCGAACCCGUCCAAACGGUUGAGACUGGCGUAUUCUGGGACGCAAAGGAUUGCCCAUUCCCUCUUGNUUGGAGUCAUGAUAAGAUCUNUAAGAAUGUCAGAUCAGCUUUUACGUCUCAGUAUGGGACCCGCCAGACAUGAGAGAAUGUUAGUUGACGUUCUCUUAUGGUUAAUUGACCGUCCGUAUCUAGCACAUUUGAUCAUAGUAGGUAAACUCAACAAAGACGUUUUCGAUUUCCUUGCAAGUUUGGAGGAGAAUGGUUGUUACUGUGUAAUUCCAAAGAAGGAAGGGCAGCCUGCUAUUAGAUCAAGUAUACACUUUUGGUUGCAAAAUCGAAAGCGAAAGCCCACAUCCGCCGGAGAGGGGUCGGAAGAUCAGGGCUGA